AUGCAUCUAUUUGAGCUCAGGUCUGGGGUGUACGUUGAAUCCACGCCUAAUCCGUUCGAGACUGUCGUCAAGGCUUUUCCUUGCCAGCCUGCUGUUGUGGAUUGGAAUGGCGACGGUUUGCUCGAUCUUCUCCUUGGACCACCUACUGGCGGCAUCGUGUAUUAUGUGCGAACAGGGGGUGAACUGCAGGCAGUUGCUGGUCCCAACAGCCCGUUCCAGGGCAUUGGUGUGGAGGACGGUUGUCACAGCCUGGCAGUGGCUGACCUGGAUGGCGACGGGGACCUGGACCUUAUCACUGGCCACGCCGACAUGGGCUUGCACUACUUUCGGCAGACAACUGAUGGCAGAUUGAGAGCCGAAGGCUUUCCGCUGGGUGAAGUGUUUGGAGACAGAGCGGUCCUUGCUGAUUGGGAUGGCGAUGGUCGCAUAGAUAUAUUGCUGACGAUUGACAUCGCUGAGAUCAUGCUACGAGGCCAGCAGCUCCUUUUAAACAGCCUGUCUUGCUGUCCAGUUCGCAUGUACCUGCAGAAGCAGGCUGGGCGAUUCACCCAGGUAGACAGCCUGCAGGGACCAUUGCUUCCAGGGAUGGGUUGUUUGCAUUUUGGUUGCAGUGCUUUCUCCCUGGUUGACGUGGAUGGCGACGACGAUUUGGACGCAGUGUUUGGCGAAGGGGAAGGGGAACUGCAUUUCUUUGAGCACAAGGUCUUGAAACCUCUUCAAGUUCACUAUUUGGCUGAGCCUGAAAAACGAUCCGAGCUUGUGCCGCUCGACAUGGUGCAGCCUCAGCACCGCACAGAGUACUCUUCUGCUCACCUUGCCAGUAUUGAUAACUUGGGUGGAGCCCUUUCUGGCGGAUUGGGAUCUGGAUGGAGAUCUGGACCUGGUUCUGUCACUAGGGUCAACCCGAAUCAGCCGCAGCUCUCGCGCUUUUUCGAGCAUGAAUCCAAUGGGAUGGUCCGGGAGCUGCUGGCGGCACCUUUGUCGAACUCUGCCUGUCCGAUAGAUUGGCGCCAAAGGGUCAGCGUCGCCGAUUUUGACGGUGAUGGAAAGUUGGACUUCAUCGGCUUCGCUGACGUCGGCUUCGUUGAAGUCUUGAAAGAGAAUUUCUGGCUUCCGGUGGUAUGUGUCCAAAGGUCUGCAGAGUUUGUUCCAGUUGCUGUCGCCGAGAGUCCGUUCUCCUCCGAGUUAUUCUAUUGGACUGGAUCACCGUCGUUCGUGGAUUGGGAUGGUGACGGGGACAUCGACUUCUUGAGAAUUGAUGAAGACAGCCGCGGACUGUUUUUAAAGGAGCAGCUGUCUGACGGCAGUUGGGCCAGUCAGCGCCUCCCUGUGCCGACUUGUCGUGGCUUCGCAGCUGCCGACUUUGACAGGGAUGGUGAUGUGGACCUCCUGAUCAGCGCAGAGAAUAACGAGCACUGCCGGUACUUUGAGCGGAGACUUGACGGGAGCUUGACCGAAUUGGUUGGCUUGGACAACCCCUUCGAUGCCGCGUGCAGACCCCUGGGCACAUCAAGUAUGUUUUCAAGUAUGCACAUGCAGGCCGCCUUGGGAGACUGGGAUGGGGAUGGAGAAGUCGAUAUGCUGCGUGUUGGUCCUGAAGAAGUGGUUCUGUGGUUGAACAGGCCCAUGGAUGCCUUCAUGGAGCCGGAGUAUGUGUUCCCUGAAGAUGAUUCGAUUUCAGAUGUCAGCUUAGUGGACGUCGAUCGUGACGGCGACUUGGAUUUGGUUCGAAUGAGGCAGGGCGUCUCAACAUCAGAAUUCACGUAUUUCAAGCAAACAGAAGAGGGAACCUUUGUCGAGCACGAUGGUGCCAACCCAUUUGCAGGAGUACCAGAUAAACCAGAAGGACCGCAUGCGCGCUCAGUUGAGACGAGCAUGACGACCGUUGCCGAUGUCGAUGGGGACGGAGACUUGGAUGUUGUGUACUCUAAUCUCGAAUAUGCACAGCAGCAAGCAGACGGGCAGUUCAUCCUCAUGAAGGCUCAGGAUAAUCCCUUUCGCGGCCUUCCAAUUGAAAAUCCUGACACAUUUGGGCCUUGCUGGAUGCUGGUUGACUGGGACAGGGAUGGUGACCUGGACUUGGUGAUGGCCUACACCAAUUGGUCGCUCAACACAGCCGGGGAAAUUCUAGAAUAUAUUCAAGAUGGUGGAGUCGCAGCAAUGGCGGCACAUGUUGGUGUCCAGGUGCGUCUCUAUAUGCAAGAGAACAGCAGCUUCACAGAAGUUACGGGUGCGGAAAGCCCGUUUUACGGAAUGCAGGGUCUGCCCCUGUACCCCUCGUGCCCAGCCAUGUCUGACCUCGACAAUGACGGGGACCUGGACCUGCUGUUGGUGAACAUGUACGGUUCUCUGCUCUAUUAUGAACAACAUGAAAGCCAAUUCCAUUUGUCUCUGUCCAGCCACUUUUCGGACGUUCGCCUUCAAUCGGCGAACCCAGAUCGCCCACCGCACAUUUGGUUGACAGACUGGGAAGGGGAUGGUGUGAUGGAUCUGGUCGUCCGCACACGGGCUGAGAUGCAACUCUUUCGGCGGGGUGCUUGCACGCCUCAUGCCCCGCAGUCUUUUUGCAUGUUCGGAUCUUGCAAUCAGAAAACAUCCGAGUGCAUGUGCUCCCCCGGAGCAGUUGGAGGGGAGUGCAGCCUCUGCGACAUGUACUACUUCCGGGCAAAGGACGCAUGCCAGCGGUGCCCUGGCCACGGGACCCUGGCAGGGACCUGUAGCCGGCGGGGCGUCUGCCAGGAUGACUUGGAUGCUCGAAAGAGGAUGGCUUUGCAGAAUCGGACAGGUUUCCAGUUGCUUGCAGCUAGAGGAACUGGUCGGUGUGACUGUGUAGCACCCUUCAACGGCACUGGCUGCGAUGAGGGGUCCUGUCCGCCGGGGAAGCGGCCAGUUCGUGACGCACAGACCCCGCUGGCAAGCGACCAGUACCCCGUCUGGGAAAUCUGCGUGCCUUGUCAGCCCGGGCGCUACAAGAGCGAGAGCGGCAAUCGUGACUGCUCUAUCUGCGAAAGUGGGUUUGUCCCCGCCGCCGACAACACCAGCUGCGUUCGCUGCGAGGCGGGCACCCGCGCAGCGCCGAUGAGCCCCGGGAGCCGGCCGAAGUGCCUCCCCUGCUUCGCAGGCUACGUGGCGGCAUCUGGAUCAACCACAUGCAGGGGCUGUGCUGCUGGCACUGCUCCAAGCAAGGGAAACAGCACCUGUGUAGCUUGCGAGCCGGGGAAGUAUGCGAUUCCGCUCGCUUCCCAGUGCAGCUACUGUCAGGAAGGCUCCGUACCGGAUCUUGAAGCUGCUAGGGGGCGCUGCGUGAAGUGCAGUGGCCAGACUUAUGCCGGCCCCGGAGAUGACGCAUGUCAGCCCUGCUCCUUCCCCCGGAUGGUCCUGGCUUACAACUGGUGCACGCUUCUUUGGUUCCUACUUCUUGUGCUUGUCAUCCUCCUUCUGGUGCUGUUUGGCCUGGUGUUUUUGGGACGUCUUCGCCUUGUGUGUUUAGAAAGUCGACUAGCAGGCCUCAUCCAAGCCAAGAGCUGGGAGGAGCUGCAUGCCACAGAGAUCAGCCUGGCAGAGUACGGCAUGUGGAGGGACAAGGCCAACGAACUCAUUGCUGCACGCCGCGCGGAGAUCAAGGCACAGUCGCUUCAGCUUGGGAUCUCCUUACAGUAUGUCUUCGACGAGCUGGGCGAGGUCUACCGCCAGAAGGCGCGGGUUGCCGAGUGGCGUGUUGAUGGCUGGCCAAUGACGCGCAGCGGCUACCUUGUGAAGACCCGCUAUGAUGCCACCCAGGCAUCCCAGGCUCCACACCACGAAAGCGCACAGGACGAGGCUGCCUGGAGCAGGUUGCCGCCAUGCAGCCCGCCCGAAGACCCCAACUUUCAUCAGGUGGCCAGUGUCCUGGCUUACGGACCUUGGGCUUUGGGGAAGCACCAGUGCUGCCCCCGGGAUGGCCGUGCAGAUUGCAGCGUUGUAGAUGCGCUGCAAGUGAACUCGCACAGUGGAAGGGCCACCUGGUUCAUGUCGUGGGCUUGGGGAUACCAUUUCACGACUGUGCAGAAGGCGUUGAAACGAUGGUGGGCCAAGCAUCAGAUUGUCUGCGGCGCAGGUGCCAUGUUCGGAACGGAAAGUACCGACAGACCGACCGGAGCCAGCAACGUCUACGUUUGGUGGUGCGUGUUUGUGAACAACCAAUUCCGAAUGCUAGAAGAUGGCUUAAAGGAAGAGGCUGACGAUCUUUUCCAAGUUUUUGGGGGACGUCUUGAGGAGAUUGGCAAGAUGCUCAUGUGCAUGGACAAGCUGAGGAAUGGCACGUACACCACUAGGAUUUGGUGCAUCUACGAGGUCUUCGUCGCCUGCCAAAAGGGCAUUCCGACCACAGUGAUUCUUCCUGAGAUCGAGGUCGAUGCUGUCGACACCUGGAGGGAAGUCAUGCAGGUGUGCCGUGUGGAUGCAGAGCAGGCAUCUGCAUCCGAGAAGGCCGACGCGGACAGGAUCAAGAAGCACAUCAAGGAACAGCACAAGUCCUUCAAGUAUGUGAACGAGACUGUGGAGCAAGCGCUGUGGUGUGGGUGCUCAAGUACCUGGAAGAGCAGGAUCUGCCAGCAGUUGGCGAAGUCACGGUCGCGGCCGAAGCAGAUUCAGCACUGCAGUCGGACAGGAGCAAGAACGGGCUGUCCACAACCGCCACAACCGACAUCGAAGCUUCCGUUGUCACCUUCAGUGAUGUCGUCUUCCUCGUCUCUGGACUUCUUGGGCCGAGUGUUUUAA